AUGGAUAGGGACCUCCCCAAUAUAAAGAGAUGGGUUGUGAUAUAUCCUGUUUAUAUUAAUUCAAAGAAAACCGUAGCUGAAGGGAGACGAAUAAGUGUCGAGAAAGCGUGUGAGAGUCCUACUUGCGCUGAAAUCGGUGAUUGCUGCAGCCAUUUCAAGCUCCCAUUUGCAAUUGAGAUAGAUAAGGCUUAUCCACGGGAUUUUAUGCAAAUAGGGAGAGUGAGGGUCUUGCUGAAAAGGGAAGAUGGAACUCCAUUUAAUCCAGCCAUUACAACCAGGAAACAGCUGAUGCUCAAAGUUGCCGAGUUGGUUCCUAGACAUCCUGGCAGGACUAAGAAGCAGGAGCCUGCUGCAUCCGCAUCAACUGCUGGACCAUCCAAAUCUGGGAAACAUGGAAAGAAAAAGAGAUAG